AUGUCAUGUUCUCUUCUCGCGGAUUAUGGUGUAAUAAAUUUUAGUUUACCAGCUACACACUGACGACGCAAACCUCGCCCCCCUCUCCCCACCACCUCAAAAAAUAAUCGUUAAUCAAUGUUACUGUGAACAGGGAACUUGACACAGAGAAAAUAUGUCCAACUAGUUUGUUCUAGUGUAUGUGAUUAUCAGAGGGAAUUCUCCAUAGCAAUGACAUUCAUUUUUUUCAUUCUCUCCAGUUCGCGUCAUACCGCCCCAUCUCGUCAAACAGUUGGAGCUUCGAGUCGAGCGGCAAGAACCUCCCAUAGAGAAGGUGAGAAUUUUUGGUCACAAACUAUGUAUGUGUGUACUCUUCACAUCUUUUAAGGCGUUUGUAUUUGUCGGCAAAAUUAACCGUUUCCGUGUACAUUUUCUUCCAGAUUCACGGCAUGCGGUGGCUUCAAAGGCGUCAGGAUCUCUUUUGUCUCCUAUGGUUGCCCUUGGCCGCUCCAUCAGUAACAUUGAUCAUCGGUCAGCUGAACGAGCCAGCGCUCGCUCAAAGCUUAGAUCAGCGGCUUCACGCGUGUCGCCUCAAAACCAUCACGCGCAACUUCGGCAACCAAGGACCCAGCAUCCCUCGCGGGGAACUGUAUCGCAGCGUAAGUAAAUCUUUAGCAAAGUGCUUUCCGUCGCGUCUUUUUCUUGUAUGCUCUACGGCGAUUCUACAGUUAUAUAGAAAAAAAAAAAGAGUGAUGUCUUUUAAUAGUUCUUUUUUAUAAUAUCCCCAAAGUGAAUGCCUUCUUUCCGAGGUGUGUCGGCACGCUUGUAAAGUCCAUUGGACUUUGAAGAAGAGGACCCCUGUUUUACGCGCCAACUGGAAAUGGCUAAUUGACUUUCUGAAGGUGAUAUUACACGAGACGAUUUGCAACGACGAUUUUUGGCGCAACACGGGAUUCAAAUGUUGGAACAAUGUUGCAGCCUUUCAAAACGAUGUCGCAACGAUGUUGUAACCCUGUGUUGCGCUAAAAAUCGUCGUUACAAAUCGUCCCGUGUUACUGAUAACCUUAACACUUUUUCUCUUUCUGUUAUUUCAGCUGGUAGUCGGUCCCAAUCUCCCGAUCGGCUUCUAGCAACAUUCCCUCCCCGAGAGAGGUCUGAGGUCUACUGUCGAAGGGAAAGUCUUUCAGGGAGAACAAAAAUACCAACACCAAGGUAAGUGAUCAAUUACCAUCCACAGCAAUCUCUCCUAUACGUUCAGCAGAUGCCCGGGAUUUCUAUGUUUUACGUCGCUAGAUACUAGAGAUAUUUAGAACCACGUUAACGGUUGUCUCUAUGAAACAACGACUGCUGCUCUUUCAGGUGUAAUCACGUUAUUUAGCCGUUGUUUCCUGUUCGAUAAAAUGGGCUGUUGUAUAUAGUUCCUCUCUCCAAUGUUUAUACUUUUGAAACAUUACAUUGGUGGGGCUUUCAAUACGUUCUUUAGGAGUACCUGCUGACUACUUUACCCUAUUAAGCUACAUUAUUGUACAUCAGACUCACUAAGAAAAAUCUGAUUGGUCGAGAGCAUUCAAUCAAUUCACGAUAGCUUGUGAACUUGACAUGAUAAAUGCAAUAUCUGCUGCAGAUAUUGCAUUUAUCAUGUCAAGUUCAACGUCUGCCUGGUUACCAAGCCCCUUGGAGUGUUCUCCUCAGAAACGGAAUGGCUGA